CGCGCCACGCCUUUAGGGAAGGGGAGGGGCCGGGGCUCGUGGCUGACAAGCCCUGGGCUUGUUGGCGGGAAGUUUGCGACUACCGGUGGCAGCUCGAGUGGCCUUGUCGUCGCCUCCUCUCUCCUCAGAGGCUCACAGUCCUACCUCAUGAUCUCGGCGUAGGGCUUAGUGCUCCUUCCUUCCGAGGACGCGAUGAUUCCCCGGAAGCGCCCAGAAACCCAGGAGACCCCCAAAGUGGUGGUGCGCCUCAGGAGCAGGAGGAGUCCGCGGGAGCCGGAGCCCGCGGCCAAGAAGCCCCGCGCGAAGGGCCCCGGUCUUAGCAGGAGAUAUGACUCAGGCUGCCCUCGGGCGGGGCAGGCCAGCUUGCAGGACCCAAAAGCCGGCAGCAGCAUCAUCAGGGUUCUGCACCAGCAUAAGCUGGGUGAGGCUGCCUGGCCAUCGCUACAGCAGAAUCUGCAACAGUCCUUCGUGCACUCCCUGGCUGCUUACCGGAUAGCCCAGAAGGCUUCCCCUUUUGACAGGAGGGCCACAGCUCUGGCCUGGCACCCAGCGCACCCCAGCACCCUGGCUGUGGCCUCCAAAGGGGGCGAUGUCAUGCUCUGGAAUUUUGGUGUCAAGGACAAACCCACCUUCAUCUAAGGGGUUGGAGCUGGGGGGAGCAUCAUGGGGCUGAAGUUCAAUCUUCUCAACAGUAACCAGUUCUAUGCUUGCUCCAUGGAGGGAACAACAAGGCUGCAGGACUUUGGAGGCAGCACCAUCCAGGUUUUUGCCAGAACCGACUGCUGCAACAUCUGGUUCUGCAGCUUGGAUGUGUCUGCCAGUAGCCGAGUGCUGGUCACAGGAGACAAUGUGGGCCACGUGAUCCUGCUGAACACGGAUGGCAAGCAGCUUUGGAAUCUCAGACUGCACAAAAAGAAAGUGACCCAUGUGGCUCUGAACCCCUGCUGUGAGUGGUUACUGGCCACAGCCUCCGUAGAUCAAACAGUGAAACUCUGGGACCUGCGCCAGGUUAAAGGGAAAGACAGCUUCCUGUACUCACUGCCACAUAGCCAGCCUGUCAACGCAGCUUGUUUUAGCCCUGAUGGAGCCCGGCUGCUGACCACUGACCAGCGGAAUGAGAUCCGGGUUUACUCUGCCUCCCAGUGGGACUGCCCCGUGAGCCUGAUCGCGCACCCACACCGCCACUUCCAGCACCUCACCCCCAUCAAGGCAACAUGGCAUCCUCGGUACAACCUCAUCGUUGUGGGCCGGUACCCAGAUCCUAAUUUCAGAAGUUGUAUUCCCUACGAGUCAAGGACAGUUGAUGUGUUUGAUGGGAACUCUGGGAAGCUGCUGUGUCAGCUCUACGACCCAGAAUCUUCUGGUAUCGUUUCGCUCAAUGAGUUCAACCCCAUGGGGGACACGCUGGCCUCAGCCAUGGGUUACCACGUUCUCGUCUGGAGCCAGGAGGAAGCUGGGCCAUAGAAACAAAACGAGUGCCAGAGAGGCCAACAGUUUGGAGUCCUCACGUGGGGACGAGCUGUGGGAAAAGAGGCAGCUGUUUGUUGAAGGGGGAAAAGUGCCCAAUGUUAGGGUUUGUGCAGGGGCACCACCUUUUCAGUGAUGUGCACUUGGCUCCAAAAGUUUAAGGUGACCCCUGGGUUGUAUCCAGCUCGGAGCCAGUGGUUUUGUCCCUUCUGUCAUGGUGGCAGAGUGGUGGGUGUUUUAGUUUGUGUGCAUUACUGACACGGCCAAUAAAACUACCCAACCGCU